AUGGCGGCGGAAAAAGUGUCCAGUGAUCUCCCCGAGUCCAGUCGCGACGAACAUGUCCAGAAACAUGAAGGCGAUGGCCCAUUGUCGGCCGAUGUGCCUCGACGGCGCUCGUCGGUCGCUCUCAACAUCAUCGAGAACCCCCUGAAGCGCACCUCGGAGGAGGACACCGUACUCAACGCCAAGGCGUUUGCCGAGUCCCAUGGCAUGCCGGAGCACGCCGAGCUCUUCGGGCGGGCCUCCCUGGUGGCGCGCGACCCGGAAAGGUUCGAGAUGCUCUCCGUCCUCAGCAAUGAGGAGCAGGAUGCACUCAUCUACGAGAGGGACCACAAAUGGCACGGCCCCAAGAUGCUCUGGUACUCGAUUGGCCUCUGUGCGGUCGGAGCCGCGACCCAGGGUUGGGAUCAGACUGGAGCCAACGGCGCCAACCUGUCUUUCCCUCAGGAGUUUGGCAUCGACGGGCAAGGCCGUGAUGAGUGGAUUGUCGGCCUGGUCAAUUCCAUCAUCUUCCUCACGGCCGGUCUCAUCGGCGCCUUCAUCGUCGAUCCGCUCAAUCACUACUUCGGACGACGAGGUGAGAUUUUCAUCACGGCCGCGUGCCUAACAGCCACGCCAAUUGGUUCCGCCUUCGCCAAGUCGUGGCAGGGGCUGUUUGCCGCACGAUUCGUCAUGGGUAUCGGCAUCGGCGCCAAGAACGCCACUGUGCCGAUUUACUCGGCUGAGAUGGCGCCACACAGGACCCGCGGUGCCCUGGUCAUGUUCUGGCAGCUCUGGGUCGUCGCUGGCAUUUUCUUGGGUUUCGCCGCCAAUGUCAUCGUCAAGGACACGGGCGACAUCGCCUGGCGCCUUCAAUUCGGCUCGGCCUUUAUCCCGUCAUUCAUCCUCAUGAUCGGCAUCUUUUUCUGCCCCGAGUCCCCCCGUUGGCUCAUGAAGCACAACCAGCACGCCAAGGGCUUCCGCUCCAUGCUGCGUCUGCGAGCCAACCCCAUCAUCGCUGCGCGAGACUUCUAUUACUCGUACGUCAUUUUCGAGGAAGAAAAGAAGGAGGCCCGCGGUUCCGGAUAUUUCACCCGUCUGUGGGACUGCUUCGCGGUGCCCAGAAUCAGGCGAGCAAACUACGGCGCCUCAACCGUCAUGAUUGCGCAGCAAAUGUGCGGCAUCAACAUCAUUUCCUUUUACAGCUCGUCCAUCUUUGAGAGCGUGGGUUACACCGCCACCGAGGCCCUGUACGCCUCGCUCGGAUACGGCGCCGUUCAGGUGGUCUCGACCAUCCCGACUCUGUUCCUCAUUGACACCAAGGGCCGGAGAACCCUGACCAUGAUUACCUUCCCUCUCAUGUGCAUCUUCCUCUUGGCCGCUGGUCUGUCGCUGCUGCCGAAUGGAGCGUAUCACAUUGCUCCGACGGAUGAGGACCAGAACCCUGCUCACGACUUCCGGUCUCGUGGCGCCCGAAUCGGCCCUGUAGUGCUAUUUGUCUACCUGUUCACGAUUUGCUACUCGUUGGGCGAAGGGCCUGUGGCGUUCCAAUACUCUGCUGAGGUCUUCCCCACCAUCCAGCGUGAGCAGGGCAUGGCCUGGGCGGUCUGCAUCAACAACACUUUCGCUGGCAUCCUCGGCUUGACCUUCCCCCGAAUGAAGACAGUCAUGACCUCGACCGGUGCUUUCGGUUUCUAUGCCGGAUUAAACUUGGUAGCAUGGGUAAUGAUAUUCUGCUUCGUUCGCGAGACGAAGCAGCUUACACUAGAAGAGCUGGACCAGGUCUUCUCGGUUCCAACGAAGAAGUUCAUACACUACGAGGCCACUAUAUGGCUGCCGUGGUUCAUCAAGCGAUACGUCUUCUUCCAGAAGAUCCCUCGACCCCCUCCCAUCAUCGAGAAGGCCGAGAGGGCCGACGAGGUCAAGAGCGCUUGA